AGGACUGACCUGUAAGAUGGCAAUGCCACGCAUGGAUGCCUUUCUGCAAAUCGAAACAUAGAGAUGGAUAGAUAGGGUUUUACUUUGUCUUUUUUUCAUCUUCUUCUUCUUCUUAGAUCUCUGAAAUCAAUUUCCUCAAUUACACAUUUUGCUUUCGGACAUGUCGCAGCCCAGGGUCACCAUCACCCUUGGUCGCUCUGGUCAGGUUGUGGAGAGGGGAGGAUCGGCAUCAGACUCUGCGAGAGUGCAUGGCUAUAGUGGGCUAGUUUCUGGAAGUAAGCGAUCAAUGGAAGACAGACUUGGGAGUAAUGCUCAUGGUCUUUCAUUUUCUGCUGGCAAACGGCAACGAGGAGAUGGUAGAAAAUGGAGUGGGGGUGACAAACAACUGCAUGAUUCACGAAUCAGUCGAAAUGACCUCAGAUUGAAGUUGUUGCGUAAAAGAUUAUUUAAGCAAACUGGUGGAGCUGUUGAAGAGCGCAAGCGGAUGGACCCUCGUGUAAAGCUGUCAAAACCUGUUCAUCCAUCGGUGAGAUAUCAGAUGCUGCAGCACGAAUCAGAAACAAAUGGAAGUAGCGUGAUGAUGAAAAUUCCUCCCAGUGAAAGUUCAGCUGAUUUAUACCAGGUAAAUUCACGAAGGAACUUCUACUCUUCUCAACCUACGGAUGGAUUCAGAGCUAGAUCCCCACCAAGAAAUUUUGAUGAGCUGCGCCCAGCAUCAUCAUUUAGGGCAGUUGAUGCCUCUAGAUCUGGCCAGUUCCUGAGAAAUGGUAUGGUUGGUGGUUCUCAGCCAACAGACUCCUUACUUUUCACAAUGAAAGCUACACCUCAAGCUGCCAGGUCAGUUGCACAAUUUGCUCCAGCAAGUGGCAGCAUGCAGAAAAGUUCACUUAUGGGGGAUGAACCUCCAACUGUUCCUGGCUUGUUGCAUAGACUUGGUUUGGGAAAAUAUGCCAUUAUUUUCCAGGCUGAAGAAGUUGACAUGACUGCUUUGAAGCAGAUGGGGGAUAAGGACCUCAAAGAGCUGGGUAUACCAAUGGGACCAAGAAAAAAGAUUCUUCUAGCUCUCUUGCCCCGUACGAAACGGCAACCACCAUAAUCUCUACUUCUAAUGAUGCAAUGUAAAAUACCAUUGAAAAAAAGGAAAGAACAUUGUUGCUAUCUAAAGAGCCAUUUCUUUCAUUUGUACUUUCACCUGUUGUGUCAGAAAUGUAGUGGAAGAAAUUGAGUGAAAUCCUGUGUUGAAGUUGAGGUUUGAGAGGGGGUUGAUCAGUUUGAAUAAUUUAUCCUCCAUAGGUGUUUGUUGAUUUGAAAAAUAGGUGUUUACUGUUGUAUUUUAUAGAUAGAAACAAAGGACAUGAGCAAAUGAAUGUAUGAAUUAUACACAUUAAUCUUCA